ACUUUCCCCCUACGGGACUCAGAUCUUAGAGGCAAUUACCUUCAGAGAAAAAUGAAUAGGAAAAACUGAAGUGUUAUUUUUUUAAAGCUGCUGAAGUUUGUUGGUUUCUCAUUGUUUUAAAGCCUACUGGAGCAAUAAAGUUUGAAGAACCUUUACCAGGUUUUUUUAAUCGCUGCCUUGAUACACACUUUUCAAAAUGCUUUGGUGGGAAGAAGUAGAGGACUGUUAUGAAAGAGAAGAUGUUCAAAAGAAAACAUUCACAAAAUGGGUAAAUGCACAAUUUUCUAAGUUUGGGAAGCAGCAUAUAGAGAACCUCUUCAGUGACCUACAGGAUGGGAGACGCCUCCUAGACCUCCUCGAAGGCCUGACAGGGCAAAAACUGCCAAAAGAAAAAGGAUCCACAAGAGUUCAUGCCCUGAACAAUGUCAACAAGGCACUGCGGGUUUUGCAGAACAAUAAUGUUGAUUUAGUGAAUAUUGGAAGUACUGACAUCGUAGAUGGAAAUCAUAAACUGACUCUUGGUUUGAUUUGGAAUAUAAUCCUCCACUGGCAGGUAAAAAAUGUAAUGAAAAAUAUCAUGGCUGGAUUGCAACAAACCAACAGUGAAAAGAUUCUCCUGAGCUGGGUCCGACAAUCAACUCGUAAUUAUCCACAGGUUAAUGUAAUCAACUUCACCACCAGCUGGUCUGAUGGCCUGGCUUUGAAUGCUCUCAUCCAUAGUCAUAGGCCAGACCUGUUUGAUUGGAAUAGUGUGGUUUGCCAGCAGUCAGCCACACAGCGACUGGAACAUGCAUUCAACAUCGCCAGAUAUCAAUUAGGCAUAGAGAAACUACUCGAUCCUGAAGAUGUUGCUACCACCUAUCCAGAUAAGAAGUCCAUCUUAAUGUACAUCACAUCACUCUUCCAAGUUUUGCCUCAACAAGUGAGCAUUGAAGCCAUCCAGGAAGUGGAAAUGUUGCCAAGGCCACCUAAAGUGACUAAAGAAGAACAUUUUCAAUUACAUCAUCAAAUGCACUAUUCUCAACAGAUCACAGUCAGUCUAGCACAGGGCUAUGAGAGAACUUCUUCCCCUAAGCCUCGAUUCAAGAGCUAUGCCUACACACAGGCUGCUUAUGUCACCACCUCUGACCCUACACGGAGCCCAUUUCCUUCACAGCAUUUGGAAGCUCCUGAAGACAAGUCAUUUGGCAGUUCAUUGAUGGAGAGUGAAGUAAACCUGGACCGUUACCAAACAGCUUUGGAAGAAGUAUUAUCGUGGCUUCUUUCUGCUGAGGACACAUUGCAAGCACAAGGAGAGAUUUCUAAUGAUGUGGAAGUGGUGAAAGAACAAUUUCAUACUCAUGAGGGGUACAUGAUGGAUUUGACAGCCCAUCAGGGCCGGGUUGGUAAUAUUCUACAAUUGGGAAGUCAGCUGAUUGGAACAGGGAAAUUAUCAGAAGAUGAAGAAACUGAAGUACAAGAGCAGAUGAAUCUCCUAAAUUCAAGAUGGGAAUGCCUCAGGGUAGCUAGCAUGGAAAAACAAAGCAAUUUACAUAGAGUUUUAAUGGAUCUCCAGAAUCAGAAACUGAAAGAGUUGAAUGACUGGCUGACAAAAACAGAAGAAAGAACAAGGAAAAUGGAGGAAGAACCCCUUGGACCUGAUCUUGAAGACCUAAAACGCCAAGUACAACAACAUAAGGUGCUUCAAGAAGAUCUAGAACAAGAACAAGUCAGGGUCAAUUCUCUCACUCACAUGGUGGUGGUAGUUGAUGAAUCUAGUGGAGAUCACGCAACUGCUGCUUUGGAAGAGCAACUUAAGGUAUUGGGAGAUCGAUGGGCAAACAUCUGCAGGUGGACAGAAGACCGCUGGGUUCUUUUACAAGACAUCCUUCUCAAAUGGCAACGUCUUACUGAAGAACAGUGCCUUUUUAGUGCAUGGCUUUCAGAAAAAGAAGAUGUGGUGAACAGGAUUCACACAACUGGCUUUAAGGAUCAAAAUGAAAUGUUAUCAAGUCUUCAAAAACUGGCCGUUUUAAAAGCAGAUCUAGAAAAGAAAAAGCAAUCCAUGGACAAACUUUAUUCACUCAAACAAGAUCUUCUUUCAACACUGAAGAAUAAGUCAGUGACCCAAAAGAUGGAAGCAUGGCUGGAAAACUUUGCCCGGUGUUGGGAUAAUUUAGUCCAAAAACUUGAAAAGAGUACAGCACAGAUUUCACAGGCUGUCACCACCACUCAGCCAUCACUAACACAGACAACUGUAAUGGAAACAGUAACUAUGGUGACCACAAGGGAGCAAAUCCUGGUAAAGCAUGCUCAAGAGGAACUUCCACCACCACCUCCCCAAAAGAAGAGGCAGAUUACUGUGGAUUCCGAAAUUAGGAAAAGGUUGGAUGUUGAUAUAACUGAACUUCACAGUUGGAUUACUCGCUCAGAAGCCGUGUUGCAGAGUCCUGAAUUUGCAAUCUAUCGGAAGGAAGGCAACUUCUCAGACUUAAAAGAAAAAGUCAAUGCCAUAGAGCGAGAAAAAGCCGAGAAGUUCAGAAAACUGCAAGAUGCCAGCAGAUCAGCUCAGGUCCUGGUGGAACAGAUGGUGAAUGAGGGUGUUAAUGCCGAUAGCAUCAGACAAGCCUCAGAACAACUGAACAGCCGGUGGAUCGAAUUCUGCCAGUUGCUAAGUGAGAGACUUAACUGGCUGGAGUAUCAGAACAACAUCAUCACUUUCUAUAAUCAGCUACAACAAUUGGAGCAGAUGACAACUACUGCUGAAAACUGGUUGAAAAUCCAACCCACCACCCCAUCAGAGCCAACAGCAAUUAAAAGUCAGUUAAAAAUAUGUAAGGAUGAAGUCAACAGGCUAUCAGCUCUUCAACCUCAAAUUGAACGAUUAAAAAUUCAAAGUAUAGCCCUGAAAGAGAAAGGACAAGGACCCAUGUUCCUGGAUGCAGACUUUGUGGCCUUUACAAAUCAUUUUAGCCAAGUCUUUUCUGAUGUGCAGGCCAGAGAGAAAGAGCUACAGACAAUUUUUGACACUUUGCCACCCAUGCGCUAUCAGGAGACGAUGAGUGCCAUCAGGACAUGGGUCCAGCAGUCAGAAACCAAACUCUCCAUACCUCAACUUAGUGUCACCGACUAUGAAAUCAUGGAGCAGAGACUCGGGGAAUUGCAGGUUUUACAAAGUUCUCUGCAAGAGCAACAAAGUGGCCUAAACUAUCUCAGCACCACUGUGAAAGAGAUGUCAAAGAAAGCCCCCUCUGAAAUCAGCCGAAAAUAUCAAUUAGAAUUUGAAGAAAUUGAGACACGCUGGAAGAAGCUCUCCUCCCAGCUAGUCGAGCAUUGUCAAAAGCUAGAGGAGCAAAUGAAUAAACUCCGAAAAAUUCAGAAUCACAUACAAACCCUGAAGAAAUGGAUGGCUGAAGUUGAUGUUUUUCUGAAGGAGGAAUGGCCUGCCCUUGGGGAUUCAGAGAUUCUAAAAAAGCAGCUGAAACAGUGCAGACUUUUAGUCAAUGAUAUUCAGACAAUUCAGCCCAGUCUAAACAGUGUCAAUGAAGGUGGGCAGAAGAUAAAGAAUGAAGCAGAGCCAGAGUUUGCUUUGAGACUUGAGAUAGAACUGAAAGAACUUAACACUCAGUGGGAUCACAUGUGCCAACAGGUCUAUGCCAGAAAGGAGGCCUUGAAGGGAGGUUUGGAGAAAACUGUAAGCCUCCAGAAAGAUCUAUCAGAGAUGCACGAAUGGAUGACACAAGCCGAAGAAGAGUAUCUUGAGAGAGAUUUUGAAUAUAAAACUCCAGAUGAAUUACAGAAAGCAGUUGAAGAGAUGAAGAGAGCUAAAGAAGAGGCCCAACAAAAAGAAGCGAAAGUGAAACUCCUUACUGAGUCUGUAAAUAGUGUCAUAGCUCAAGCUCCACCUGUAGCACAAGAGGCCUUAAAAAAGGAACUUGAGACUCUAACUACCAACUACCAGUGGCUCUGCACUAGGCUGAAUGGGAAAUGCAAGACUUUGGAAGAAGUUUGGGCAUGUUGGCAUGAGUUAUUGUCAUACUUGGAGAAAGCAAAUAAGUGGCUAAAUGAAGUUGAAUUUAAACUUAAAACCACUGAAAACAUUCCUGGCGGAGCUGAGGAAAUCUCUGAGGUGCUACAUUCACUUGAAAAUUUGAUGCAACAUUCAGAGGAUAACCCAAAUCAGAUUCGCAUAUUGGCACAGACCCUAACAGAUGGUGGAGUAAUGGAUGAGCUGAUCAAUGAGGAACUUGAGACAUUUAAUUCUCGUUGGAGGGAACUACAUGAAGAGGCUGUAAGGAGGCAAAAGUUGCUUGAACAGAGCAUCCAGUCUGCCCAGGAGAUCGAAAAAUCCUUACACUUAAUUCAGGAGUCCCUCACAUUCAUUGACAAGCAGUUGACAGCUUAUAUUGCAGACAAGGUGGACGCAGCUCAAAUGCCUCAGGAAGCCCAGAAAAUCCAAUCUGAUUUGACAAGUCAUGAGAUCAGUUUAGAAGAAAUGAAGAAACACAACCAGGGGAAGGAGGCUGCCCAAAGAGUCCUGUCUCAGAUUGAUGUUGCACAGAAAAAAUUGCAAGAUGUCUCCAUGAAGUUUCGAUUAUUUCAGAAGCCAGCCAAUUUUGAGCAGCGUCUACAAGAAAGUAAGAUGAUUUUAGAUGAAGUGAAGAUGCACUUGCCUGCGUUGGAAACCAAGAGUGUGGAACAGGAAGUAGUACAGUCACAGUUAAAUCAUUGUGUGAACUUGUAUAAAAGUCUGAGUGAAGUGAAGUCUGAAGUGGAAAUGGUGAUAAAGACUGGACGUCAGAUUGUACAGAAAAAGCAGACGGAAAAUCCCAAAGAACUCGAUGAAAGAGUAACAGCUUUGAAACUGCAUUAUAAUGAGCUGGGAGCAAAGGUAACAGAAAGAAAGCAACAGUUGGAGAAAUGCUUAAAACUGUCCCGUAAGAUGCGAAAGGAAAUGAAUGUCUUGACAGAAUGGCUGGCAGCUACAGAUAUGGAAUUGACAAAGAGAUCAGCAGUUGAAGGAAUGCCUAGUAAUUUGGAUUCUGAAGUUGCCUGGGGAAAGGCUACUCAAAAAGAGAUUGAGAAACAGAAGGUGCACCUGAAGAGUAUCACAGAGGUAGGAGAGGCCUUGAAAACAGUUUUGGGCAAGAAGGAGACAUUGGUGGAAGAUAAACUCAGUCUUCUGAAUAGUAACUGGAUAGCUGUCACCUCAAGAGCAGAAGAGUGGUUAAAUCUUUUGUUGGAAUACCAGAAACACAUGGAAACUUUUGACCAGAAUGUGGACCACAUCACAAAGUGGAUCAUUCAGGCUGACACACUUUUGGAUGAAUCAGAGAAAAAGAAAUCCCAGCAAAAAGAAGACGUGCUUAAGCGUUUAAAGGCAGAACUGAAUGACAUACGCCCAAAGGUGGACUCUACACGUGACCAAGCAGCAAACUUGAUGGCAAACCGCGGUGACCACUGCAGGAAAUUAGUAGAGCCCCAAAUCUCAGAGCUCAACCAUCGAUUUGCAGCCAUUUCCCACAGAAUUAAGACUGGAAAGGCCUCCAUUCCUUUGAAGGAAUUGGAGCAGUUUAACUCAGAUAUACAAAAAUUGCUUGAACCACUGGAGGCUGAAAUUCAGCAGGGGGUGAAUCUGAAAGAGGAAGACUUCAAUAAAGAUAUGAAUGAAGACAAUGAGGGUACUGUAAAAGAAUUGUUGCAAAGAGGAGACAACUUACAACAAAGAAUCACAGAUGAGAGAAAGCGAGAGGAAAUAAAGAUAAAACAGCAGCUGUUACAGACAAAACAUAAUGCUCUCAAGGAUUUGAGGUCUCAAAGAAGAAAAAAGGCUCUAGAAAUUUCUCAUCAGUGGUAUCAAUACAAGAGGCAGGCUGAUGAUCUCCUGAAAUGCUUGGAUGACAUUGAAAAAAAAUUAGCCAGCCUACCUGAACCCAGAGAUGAAAGGAAAAUAAAGGAAAUUGAUCGGGAAUUGCAGAAGAAGAAAGAGGAGCUGAAUGCAGUGCGUAGGCAAGCUGAGGGCUUGUCUGAGGAUGGGGCCGCAAUGGCAGUGGAGCCAACUCAGAUCCAGCUCAGCAAGCGCUGGCGGGAAAUUGAGAGCAAAUUUGCUCAGUUUCGAAGACUCAACUUUGCACAAAUUCACACUGUCCGUGAAGAAACGAUGAUGUUGAUGACUGAAGACAUGCCUUUGGAAAUUUCUUAUGUGCCUUCUACUUACCUGACUGAAAUCACUCAUGUCUCACAAGCCCUAUCAGAAGUGGAACAACUUCUCAAUGCUCCUGACCUCUGUGCUAAGGACUUUGAAGAUCUCUUUAAGCAAGAGGAGUCUCUGAAGAAUAUAAAAGAUAAUCUACAACAAAGCUCAGGUCGGAUUGACAUUAUUCACAGCAAGAAGACAGCAGCAUUGCAAAGUGCAACGCCUGUGGAAAGGGUGAAGCUACAGGAAGCUCUCUCCCAGCUUGAUUUCCAAUGGGAAAAAGUUAACAAAAUGUACAAGGACCGACAAGGGCGAUUUGACAGAUCUGUUGAGAAAUGGCGGCGUUUUCAUUAUGAUAUAAAGAUAUUUAAUCAGUGGCUAACAGAAGCUGAACAGUUCCUCAGAAAGACGCAAAUUCCUGAGAAUUGGGAGCAUGCUAAAUACAAAUGGUAUCUUAAGGAACUCCAGGAUGGCAUCGGGCAGCGGCAAACUGUUGUCAGAACAUUGAAUGCAACUGGGGAAGAAAUAAUUCAGCAAUCCUCAAAAACAGAUGCCAGUAUUCUACAGGAAAAAUUGGGGAGCCUGAAUCUGCGGUGGCAGGAGGUCUGCAAACAGCUGUCAGAAAGAAAAAAGAGGCUAGAAGAACAAAAGAAUAUCUUGUCAGAAUUUCAAAGAGAUUUAAAUGAAUUUGUUUUAUGGUUGGAGGAAGCAGAUAACAUUGCUAGUAUCCCGCUUGAACCUGGAAAUGAGCAGCAACUAAAAGAAAAGCUUGAGCAAGUCAAGUUACUGGUGGAAGAGUUGCCCCUGCGCCAGGGAAUUCUAAAACAAUUAAAUGAAACUGGAGGACCCGUGCUUGUAAGUGCUCCCAUAAGCCCAGAAGAGCAAGAUAAACUUGAAAAUAAGCUCAAGCGGACAAAUCUCCAGUGGAUAAAGGUUUCCAGAGCUUUACCUGAGAAACAAGGAGAAAUUGAAGCUCAAAUAAAAGACCUUGGGCAGCUUGAAAAAAAGCUUGAAGACCUUGAAGAGCAGUUAAAUCAUCUGCUCCUGUGGCUGUCUCCUAUUAGGAAUCAGUUGGAAAUUUAUAACCAUCCAAACCAAGAAGGACCAUUUGACAUUAAGGAAACUGAAAUCGCAGUUCAAGCUAAACAACCGGAUGUGGAAGGGAUUUUGUCUAAAGGGCAGCGUUUGUACAAGGAAAAACCAGCCACUCAGCCAGUGAAGAGGAAGUUAGAAGACCUGAGCUCUGAGUGGAAGGCGGUAAACCAUUUACUUCAAGAGCUGAGGGCAAAGCAGCCUGACCUAGCUCCUGGACUGACCACUGUUGGAGCCUCUCCUAGUCAGACUGUUACUCUGGUGACACAACCUGUGGUUACUAAGGAAACUGCCAUCUCCAGACUAGAAAUGCCAUCUUCCUUGAUGUUGGAGGUACCUGCUCUGGCAGAUUUCAACCGGGCUUGGACAGAACUUACCGACUGGCUUUCUCUGCUUGGUCGAGUUAUAAAAUCACAGAGGGUGAUGGUGGGUGACCUUGAGGAUAUCAACGAGAUGAUCAUCAAGCAGAAGGCAACAGUGCAGGAUUUGGAACAGAGGCGCCCCCAGUUGGAAGAACUCAUUACUGCUGCCCAAAAUUUGAAAAACAAGACCAGCAAUCAAGAGGCUAGAACAAUCAUUACGGAUCGAAUUGAAAGAAUUCAGAAUCAGUGGGAUGAAGUACAAGAACACCUUCAGAACCGGAGGCAACAGUUGAAUGAAAUGUUAAAGGAUUCAACACAAUGGCUGGAAGCUAAGGAGGAAGCUGAGCAGGUCUUAGGACAGGCCAGAGCCAAGCUUGAGUCAUGGAAGGAGGGUCCCUAUACAAUAGAUGCAAUCCAAAAGAAAAUCACAGAAACCAAGCAGUUGGCCAAAGACCUCCGCCAGUGGCAGAUAAAUGUAGAUGUGGCAAAUGACUUGGCCCUGAAACUUCUCCGGGAUUAUUCUGCAGAUGAUACCAGAAAAGUCCACAUGAUAACAGAGAAUAUCAAUGCCUCUUGGGGAAGCAUUCAUAAAAGGGUGAGUGAGCAAGAGGCUGCUUUGGAAGAAACUCAUAGAUUACUGCAACAGUUCCCCCUGGACUUGGAAAAGUUUCUUGCCUGGCUUACAGAAGCUGAAACAACUGCCAAUGUCCUACAGGAUGCUACCCGUAAGGAAAGGCUCCUAGAAGACUCCAAGGGAGUAAAAGAGCUGAUGAAACAAUGGCAAGACCUCCAAGGUGAAAUUGAAGCUCACACAGAUGUUUAUCACAACCUGGAUGAAAACAGCCAAAAAGUCCUGAGAUCCCUGGAAGGUUCUGAUGAUGCAGUCCUGUUACAAAGACGUUUGGAUAACAUGAACUUCAAGUGGAGUGAACUUCGGAAAAAGUCUCUCAACAUUAGGUCCCAUUUGGAAGCCAGUUCUGACCAGUGGAAGCGUCUGCACCUUUCUCUACAGGAACUUCUGGUGUGGCUACAGCUGAAAGAUGAUGAAUUAAGCCGGCAGACACCUAUUGGAGGCGACUUUCCAGCGGUUCAGAAGCAGAACGAUGUACAUAGGGCCUUCAAGAGGGAAUUGAAAACUAAAGAACCUGUAAUCAUGAGUACUCUUGAGACUGUACGAAUAUUUCUGACAGAGCAGCCUUUGGAAGGACUAGAGAAACUCUACCAGGAGCCCAGAGAGCUGCCUCCUGAGGAGCGAGCCCAGAAUGUCACUAGGCUUCUACGAAAGCAGGCUGAGGAGGUCAAUACUGAGUGGGAAAAAUUGAACCUGCAUUCCACUGACUGGCAGAGAAAAAUAGAUGAGACCCUCGAAAGACUCCAGGAACUUCAAGAGGCCACGGAUGAGCUGGACCUCAAGCUGCGCCAAGCUGAGGUGAUCAAGGGAUCCUGGCAGCCAGUGGGCGAUCUCCUCAUCGACUCUCUCCAAGAUCAGCUCGAGAAAGUCAAGGCACUUCGAGGAGAAAUUGCACCUCUGAAAGAGAACGUGAGCCACGUCAAUGACCUUGCUCGCCAGCUUACCACUUUGGGCAUUCAGCUCUCACCAUAUAAUCUCAGCACCCUGGAAGACCUGAACACCAGAUGGAAGCUUCUGCAGGUGGCCGUGGAGGACCGAGUCAGGCAGCUGCAUGAAGCUCACAGGGACUUUGGCCCAGCGUCUCAGCACUUUCUUUCCACAUCUGUCCAGGGUCCCUGGGAGAGAGCCAUCUCGCCAAACAAAGUACCCUACUAUAUCAA